CGACUCCUCACGACUCGCGCUGCGCAGUCCGGCGGAGCUCGCUGGAGCAGGAACCCGGCUGGCUGGGUUCGCGGGUGGUUUUCUGCAGCGGCGGCUCCGCCCACUCCCCGGCGUCCCCCGUGGCGGCCUGCUGGGUCCGCGUCCCGCCUGUGCUCCCGGAGGACAUGCAGAAGAGAGAAUGAGCCAGAGGGACACGCUGGUGCAUCUGUUUGCCGGGGGAUGUGGAGGUACAGUGGGAGCUAUUCUGACAUGUCCACUGGAGGUUGUCAAAACACGGCUGCAGUCAUCCUCCGUGACACUGUAUAUUUCUGAAGUUCAGCUGAACACCAUGGCUGGAGCCAGUGUCAACCGAGUAGUGUCCCCGGGACCUCUUCAUUGUCUAAAGGUUAUCCUGGAAAAAGAGGGCCCUCGCUCAUUGUUUAGAGGAUUAGGCCCCAAUUUGGUGGGGGUGGCUCCUUCCAGAGCAAUAUAUUUUGCUGCGUAUUCAAACUGCAAGGAAAAGUUAAAUGGUGUUUUUGAUCCCGAUUCUACCCAAGUACACAUGAUGUCAGCGGCAAUGGCAGGUUUUACUGCAAUCACUGCAACAAACCCCAUUUGGCUUAUAAAGACUCGGUUACAGCUUGAUGCAAGGAAUCGUGGGGAAAAGCAAAUGGGUACUUUUGAAUGUGUUCGUAAAGUAUAUCAGACAGACGGACUAAGAGGAUUUUAUAGGGGCAUGUCUGCCUCCUAUGCCGGCAUAUCAGAGACAGUUAUCCAUUUUGUUAUUUAUGAAAGUAUAAAGCAAAAACUACUGGAAUGUAAGACUGCUUCUAUGAUGGAAACUGAUGAGGAGUCUGUGAAAGAAGCAUCGGAUUUUGUGAGAAUGAUGCUAGCUGCUGCCACCUCAAAAACCUGUGCCACAACCAUAGCAUAUCCACAUGAAGUUGUAAGAACAAGACUACGUGAAGAAGGGACAAAAUACAGAUCUUUUUUUCAGACAUUGUCUUUGAUUGUUCAAGAAGAAGGCUAUGGGUCUCUUUACCGCGGUCUAACAACUCAUCUGGUGAGACAGAUUCCAAACACAGCCAUUAUGAUGGCCACCUACGAACUGGUGGUCUACCUACUCAAUGGAUAGUGCACGGGCUGCCAUACUGCAGAGCAGGAAGACCAAAAGACCACAGUGGACCAUGGAAGCUUGAAGCCAGAAGGUGGACAGAAGACAGUAGUUGGGAAACAUGUAACUACUAUGGCUGAGUGGAAGUUUGGUUUUAGGAAGUAAGGUACCACACCACAUUAAUCUUUGAGCGAAGAAACCCUGGGCUGCCUCUUACAGAAUGCUUUGAAAAGCAUUCCUUUCUCAAAAUUGCCAUUUUCUCUACUAUUGUUCACCAGCUCCAGUUUUGUUUUACUGGAUUAUGACAUUCAGAAUAUAGUGUUAAUUUCAUGAGCAUUUUUGGUUGUUUAAACAAAAUCAUUCCUAAGUAUAUACUGUACUGUAAUUUUCCAAAGAUGGUAGUGACAAUGACAGAUGACUAACUUGAACUUCUCCUGCAAUACUGUAAAAUAACAAGUGGAUCCUCAGUACUAGUUCCCCAGGAGGGCCUGCCUGUUACAGUGUUUUAUUUGACACCUGUAAUCACUGUAUUUUGACAACCAGUGAAGUAGUAUCUAAAUAUUUCACAUUUUCAACAUUAAAAUGUUUUGUUCACAGCUGAAAAAUCUCCAUCAUAAUGUGGACUUUAACAUAUCAAACAGAUGCUCACAGCUAAUGGUUUUGGACUAUUAAAUAAGCUAGUGGAUCCUGACUCAGUGACGUAGAAAGCAUCCUCAUACCUUCUCCAAUUAUGUGACGCAGGAAUGGGUGUAAUUUUGAUUCAUAAUGUGAUUAUCACAGUCUCAUACCUACAUAUUAUUUAUUUUAAAAGUAGAAAACUAACGACUUGAAUUUUUUUCUACUUACUUUCACAUUAAGAAUUUUAACCUUUGAAUUAUUUCCACAUCUGUAUAAGUUAUUCUUUGUUGGUAGAGGAAAUGGUAAUUUUCACUUUUGCCCUUUAUAGGCUCCUUGAAGUGAUUCUAAUAUUUAGGACGAUAUAAAUAUUACAAAAAGACAUGCUCAGCUAUCAGAUACAGCGAAUCUUAGUUAGCAGAGAGCCUGUAAAUGAGUAUGCUACAUUGGACAGAUGUUCUUCCUAGUUCCUUAAAUGCUCUCUCACAGAGUCGGGCUAGUUUUAGUUCAUUGUGUUAACAAGAUAUAUAGUUUUUAAAUUUUGCUGUUGAGUCAGCAACAUCUUUGAAUACUUUAAUAUAUAUGGCCAUUAUAAAGGUGUUUGCUGAAAUACUAUAGAUUUUCCUAUGGAUGUUGCUAUACUGGCAUAUAAAACUUCUACAAUUAAACUCUACUGUGGUACUCAUCAGUGUACCUUAAUUUUACAUUUUGUGCAAUGACUUUCUCUUCAGAAUGACUUUGUGAAUGCACUUUGUGGCCUUUUGAGGGGGUAAGAAUUAGGAGAGAAUUCAUGUUAAUUUCUUUAACAUUGUUACGUAUUUGGCAGAAGCAGUGUUCAUAAUAUUUUUUCUGGAUUUUAGGUAUGUUUUGGAGAUCUUACAGUAUUUUAAGUGUGCUGUGUAAUGCCACAUUAUUAUGGAAAAGCCGCAUGCCAUUGAAAGCUUUCUCUGCUGUCACCAAUGAAGUUUAAUUCCCUCUUCAGUUCCUCACCUUGACUUCCUUGUAAUCAGUAACUGGAUGUUUUUGAGGUGCUCAAUUGGAAUUAAAAAUAUUCCAAUCUAUUUGGAGACCAAAGGCACAUUUAGAUUGUUACCUUUGGAAUUACUGCAACUUUGACAUCUGUUACAUGGAACAUACCAAAAAAAUGAGCCCCUACCUGGGGGUUUAACUCAAAUCUGUAGAGAAGGUCUUAGGCUAUAGUGUUUGCCUCUUCAGGUGCCAUUGAUACUGCCUAAUACAGCGUCAUUUGCUCUGUGAGGAUCCAUAACACAUAAUUAUGUUGAAUGUAGGACAUGUUCUUCUGUGUUACACAGGUCUCAGAUGAUGAAGAAUGACAUGAAAACCAGCAGCCAAGGAACAGCUUGUGUUGUCGUAGCAAAUCCACAAUAAGUGUCCUUCAGGGAUGAACACGUAGUAGUCUGUAUUUUGCAAGUAAAACUUACACUAACCUCUAGUGCAUUGUACUCAGCUUUUAAAGUUAGCAUGUGAUCUGCAGGAAAGAAGGUUUUAGAGUCUCUGUUUUCUUGUAAAGCAACAGCUGGAAAAGAGCAAGGAGGUCUGUUUUUUUUUUCCCUGAGCAUUGUAUACUUUAUGACAGAGAUAAUCCAAAAAAAGAAAAUUAUAUAUAUGUUUUAUAUAUUUUGUCUAUGAAGUGUUUCUUUGAAGAUGCUAAUUGUAAUGUUUUUUAAAAAGCGCAUACUCUGAGCAUUGGUUUUUUUAAAAACUUGUUUUCAAUCUUUUUUUAAAUGUCUGAAAGAACUAGGGUGGACCUCAUUGUAUACUCUCAGAAAACUGUACUUACUCAGUUGGGCUGGAGCAAUAGCUACUAGAAGCAACCCUCACACAGCAGCAACUGCUGUGGCUCAAAUGCUUGAAAUUUGGAUAAUCCAGUUGGUGAAUUGCCAAACUGUAGUGGGAUACCAUAUAGUGCUUUAAGUGUCCAGGGAAUGAUCUACCGCCAAACCCCUGAUGUUGGUUUGGUUUGGCUUUUUCUUCAACUUCAGUUUGUUUUAUUUUUGUGGUGAUACGGGCUCUUGUUGCCCAUGAUGGCAUUGACUCCUGAUUCUCUGCCUUUGCCUGCAGUGCCAGCAUUACAGGCCUGCCCUCCAUGCUCGAGAACCCUGUUCCAGGUCUCAUUGUACAACUGUAGAACCAACCCAACAGCAUUGUUAGAUCACAGUUCCUGGACCUUUGUCCCAUAAACCUGGAUGUCCGCUUGUGGUAGCCGUGUUAGGAUGAGCACAGUUUGGGGUAUUCAGAAGAGUAAGUGUUCAUUUACUAAAGUCUAAACAUGUUUGGUUUUUUAAAAAUCCAGGAAAUAAUAAUUUCAGUUUGAAGAACUUAAGGGGGAGAAAUCAGUCUUCCCCCUUUCUCUGAGGGCUCUUCUUCCUCAGUUCACAUGCUUUUCUGUCCAAACUGCCAGUAUGAUAGGGACCCUGUGGGGCUGAUGCACAGCUCACUAUCCUCCUUUACUGAGACUUUCAACAUUCCUAAGACGAUCCAUGCAUCUGGGUAAAUAAGACAACUUUACUGUAUAAAAUAAAGAGUGCUUUCUGCCCCCUCACGUACCUUCUCCCCUAUAACUUUGUUUCUUCUUAAUUGUACCUGGAUUUUUAUGCUAUCCACUUUAGAAACUAAAGGACUAUUUCUGAUCAGUUAUGCUAAAGUUUCUGAAUGUACCCCAGUGGAUGUGAAUUAAAUUACACCAAUCAAUCACAGUGUAGUCAGCUUUAAAAGAGCUGAUGAGUUUUGCCCAUUCAUGUGAGUGUUGCUAUUGUUGCAUUUUUGUACAUGGCUGCAAAUUAUGUGCAUUUGUGUUCUGUUUAUGUUAACUAGCUGACUUGUACUUGAAUUAAAAUUCAAAAAUUAAAAUAUGCUUUUGAAAA